ACGGUUAAGGGUUAAACCCAUCUACAGUUCAAGUAAACCCACUUCUGAUUCAGUUAAGCCACCGCUUAUCUCUGUCCUUGUCUAAUCGCCGGCGCAGUAUCUUGUUACCGCGCGCCAUCUGUUCGACAAAUUGUCAGGACCAAUUCUUUCAAGAGAAGACAAAAGUUUGGUAUUAGGGUAUUUGGGCACUAGGGUUUCAUUCGAACAACUCUGUGUUUUUGAUUUCUAAUGGCUUCUUCUGGUAAUGGGAACAACAAUAAGAAAAGAGGUGGUGGGCUAUCGUCGCUUGCCCCUCGAGAAAUCAGCGUCCAGAAAUUCUCGGAGGCUAGAGCAGCAGAGCUCGAAUCACUUCACUCCAUAGUGUCUGAGCGUUUGAACAAGGACUUCCGGUCAAAGAGGAACCAGAGGAGAAGGACCAAUGCUUACACUAACCAACCUUCAAAGAAACGUAACAUAAAGAGGCAGAGGUCAGAGUCAUUGUUAUCUAUAGGUCAACCAUCAUCGUCUCAAGAAACAAAGAUCCCAAGACGAGUCAAGAGGAGACUGGAACUUAAAGGGAACCCUGAAUCGGGGUUUAGUACCACUGGUGAUGGAACAAAGAGGCUGAGAACACAUGUUUGGCAUGCUAAACGCUUCUCUAUGACUAAGCUUUGGGGUUUUCACCUUCCUCUUGGUUUACACGGCGGAGGAAGGGGAUCUAGGGAUAUCUUGAAGAAGUCUAGGCAAGGUGUUCUUGUGCAUGAUGCAAGCUAUCACAUUGCUGUUCAAUUGGAGGGUCCAGAGGGCUCACUCUUGUCGAUAUUAAACAUGCUAUUGGAGCCUUCUCCCUUAUCUCAUUCCAAGGAAGUUUUCGACUCUAUUCUCACAGGCCUUAGUUAUGGAAACGCCAUGCUUUAUCAUGUCGAACCACCAGUUUCUCAGGUGAUUGCUCCUGUAAUUUAUAUGUGGAGACCUUCUCAGCUACCUAAGAGAAAUGUUGAGGAGAAAGUGGGUGACUGCGUAGGAAAUGAUGGUCCAGUCUCAAAUGGAGAUCAUGCAGACUCUCGAAAACUUUGGUUGUGGAUCCAUGCUUCUUCCUUCAGUGAGGGUUAUGCUUCUCUAAAACUAGCUUGUCAAAAACAGAUGGAUGAGACAGGUGUUUUAGUUGAUUGCUUGUCACUCGAGGGCCAGCUUGCAAAACUUGAGAUUUUUGGUACAAAAGCAUCUCAGCUUCUGCAAAAGACCAUACAUCCUGUUCCAAGUAGCUCAGAGAAUUCUCCCUCUAUUUUAAGGAAGUGUUCGAUGGGACAAGCUGAAGUUAAGAACGUUGUUGAACCUUACAAAGAAGAGAGCAUAUCAUCUUGCGCUAUUUUACCACGGUUUGUCAUAGAUCCGCGGUUAAUCCCGAAUAAUCCUUGUGAUGAUAGCACAAUGUCACUUGAAAUGACCAAAACUAAGAGUACUGAGUCGCUUGAGAUGACUACCAGCACAGAAGCUGAAACUUUCAAGUGCUUAUGGGACGCAAAUUGUGAACUGUACCCUCCAGAAGAAGAGAACAUAUUGUGUUGGGAGAAGCAUCAAAGUCGUAUGAAGUCUUUUUGCAUCGAUGACCCAGCUGAUGAGUUUCCUAAGAUAUCUAGCAGGCCAAGGAGUUCGAGGUCUUGUCCUUUACUGCUUCUUAAACAUAAACAGCUUGGGGAUACAGCUACAGGAUGGUCUCUCAUACUUCCCCUUAGUUGGGUCAAAGUUUUCUGGAAUACCUUUGUCUCAAAAGGAGCUCAAGCAAUAGGUCAGAGGGAGAAACGCUGGGUUUCUUGUGAUGCUGGUUUGCCCUUUUUCCCAUCAGAUUUUCCUGACUGCAAAGCAUAUUCAUCUUUGAAAAUGAGUGAAGCUGCAGACUUGGAGGAGAAGGCACAAAGACGACCUCUUGCCGUGAGACCUUCCAGAAUUCCCAUUCCACCUCCAUGGAGUAGUAUCCAUGUCACGCGUUGUGUCAAAGAGAGUUCCGAUCAAAAGCUUACAAACGGUGAGACUAGUGGAGUGGAAAUUUUCAGUAAUGUUGGUAAACUAUUCGAUGGUAUCGUGGCAAGAACACCACAUUCGCUGCCUACUUUUCUCCAAACUUUCACAAAUCGUGUGGAGACGAUUCAAGAAGAUGAAACGAAAGCAAGAGCUGGGAUCCUUCAGAACAGUGAUAAUAAACUCUGCCUUGUCAGAGUUCUUCUACAUGCUUUCAAGGAAGGUUCAUUCGAAGAGGGCGCGGUUGUAUGCGCACCAUCUCUCGCAGACGUAUCAUUACUAAAAUCCGGCUGCAGUGAAGGAGAAGAAGAGCGUGUUACAAUCCCUCAAUCUUCUGUAAGUUGUUACUUCCAAGAACAACCUUCUGGAACCUGGGAACUGAAUGUCCCUGAAGACACUCAUACAAAGCAGUCUCAUAGAUGGCCAAUCGGGUUUGUGACGACAGGUUUUGUCCGUGGGAGUAAAAAGCCGACGGCGGAAGCUCUGUGUGAUGCAGUGUUGUUAGGGAGACUAAGAGAAGAGCAAUGGAAAGGGAAAGAUGUGAAACGGAGAAAGAAGGAGAUUUAUGUCCUGGUUAGAAACCUAAGAUCUUGUGCUUACAGACUCGCACUGGCCACUAUUGUUUUGGAGCAACAAGACGCUUCUGGUGAUGAUGUCCACUGCUUUUAAAAUGCCAAUCUUUUUUAUUCCGCCACCAGUCCCAACACUGUUGUUUUGUUUGUCUCAAAUCACAUUUUGUUUUAUCUUAAUACAGUAUCGUUUUAACUA